GCAAAAGCCGCAAGAAUUUAUAAUAAAAAAAGGAAAAGAAAAAAUAAUAAAACCACCACCUUUUUUGCCAACCCAAACCAACUACGCAUUUCAGCAAGUGUUGAAAAAUUUCAAGGAAAUUUUUAAUAUUUUAUUAAAUCAAAAUUAAUAAAAUAUUACUUUAUUUAUUGAUUGUUUCAUACAAAAGGAGUUGUAAAUAAUAAACCCAACUUUAACAAAAUGAUUGGUGGCCAUAAUGAACUUACCCGCUAUAGCAGCGAAGAUGUAUCGGGCAAUGAAUCUAGUGAGGCUUUAAAAAUGACCGAAACCGAGCGUCAGGCCAAUUUCAAUCGCCAUAAGGAGGAGAUGCAAAAGAAAAGACGUAAAAAGAAGCGUACCUCUUCAUCUCUACACUCGUCUACAUUUCAAGAGUUAUAUAAACUUACUGGCGAGAUAUUGGGCGAAGGCGCCUAUGCUUCGGUGCAGACAUGCGUUAAUAUCUACACCGAUUUAGAGUAUGCCGUCAAGGUGAUUGACAAAAUUCCCGGUCAUGCGCGUGCACGUGUUUUUCGCGAAGUCGAAACAUUCCAUCAUUGCCAGGGUCAUCCUGGUAUUUUGCAAUUGAUUGAAUUUUUCGAAGAUGAUGAAAAGUUUUAUUUAGUUUUUGAGAAAAUCAACGGCGGUCCUCUGUUGACUCGCAUUCAGGAGCAUAUUUGUUUUUCGGAACAUGAGGCUGCCCAGAUUAUUAAGGAGAUCGCAUCUGGUUUGGAUUUCCUGCAUAAGAAGGGCAUAGCUCAUCGUGAUCUCAAGCCUGAGAAUAUUUUAUGCGUUUACCCCGAUAAAUUGUGUCCCAUUAAGAUAUGUGAUUUUGAUUUGGGCUCUGGCAUCAAGUUCACCACGGAUAUUUCGUCGCCGGCGGCCACGCCACAGCUAUUAACACCAGUUGGCAGUGCCGAAUUCAUGGCCCCCGAGGUGGUCGAUCUAUUUGUCGGCGAAGCCAAUUACUAUGACAAACGUUGUGAUUUAUGGUCCUUGGGUGUUAUAGCCUAUAUAUUGUUGUGCGGUUAUCCACCAUUUUCGGGUAAUUGUGAACAAGAUUGUGGCUGGAAUCGUGGUGAAAAUUGUCGCACUUGUCAAGAGCUGUUAUUUGAGUCUAUACAAGAAGGACAUUUUUGUUUCCCGGAGCCUGAAUGGGAUGAUAUCAGCAAAGAGGCCAAGGAUUUGAUAAGCGGCCUAUUGAUUAAGGAGGCACCCAAGCGUUUAAGUGCUGCGGCGGUAUUAAAACAUCCCUGGAUAAAAGUAUCCGAAAAUGAACCUUUAGAUAGUAAGAGAAUGGAAAAUAGACGUAAAGCUUUAAGGACACCAGGAAAUAUAAGACGCAAUCAAUCGGCACGUGAAAUUUCACAAUUUGCCGAAUCUGCUAUGGCUGUGAAGCGUGUUAUAUUACAACAUUUCUCCAUGCGCUACGACUAUAUGAAAGAACGUCCCAACAUUUAUCAACCUUCACAAAAUGGCGUUGAACAAAAUCCCGAUUUUUCCACAUUUAAGAAAAAUCGUUCUACAAAUUCCAAAUCUUAUAUGGCGGGCGGCCCUGCUAGCCGCAAUCGUUCGACUUAUGGACGUGCCGGUACUUUAAGUUCCCGACAAUCAAUUAAUAAAUAUGCCAGCACUAAUGGUGGUGGUGUUAAUGUAGGAUCAGGAGCAGCCGGAGCAGGUGGAGGUGUAGCUGUAACAGGCGGCCCUGGUGGCGCCUCACGCAACGGCUCUUCGGUUUUUAAUACUUCAGCAGCAUCACGUUCUGGUGGCUUUUGCAUUUUAAAUGUCCACGAUGAAGACGAAGAUGAUGAUGUAUUGGAAAAUUUCGGACGUUUAGAGACGAAUGAUGAAAAUGAUGAUGUGGCAGAGCCUAACAAUGAUUGGCGUUCGUAUUAUACUGGCGACGAAGAGGAUGAGAAUAAUUAUCGUACCAAUUGGCGUGAUCUAGAUGAUUAUGAUUACGAUAAUGAAGGUGAUGAAGAUGAUAUUGAUGAGGAGGAGGAAGACACCUAUAAUCAGCAAAACUCUUCAUUUGUGGCACCAGAACCCGAAUGUAAUUUGGUUGAGGGUCCUGGUGUUUACAAAAGCUCUUGGAUAACAGACUCUGAUGAUGAAUAUAAUCCAGAUUAUGAUGAAAAUGAAAAAUAUAAUAAUCAUAACUAUAAUGAAGAUGAGGAGGAUGAAGAGGAGGAAGAGCAAGUGCAUGAAGAUGAUGAUGAAGUAGAUUUUGCUAAUAAAGAUCAUAAGCAAGGUGUUGAUAAUGAUCUUAAGGUUGAUGUAGAAAACACUAAUGAUGAUGAUGAUGAAGAAGAUGAUGAGGUGUUUGAAAAGAAGCAAGAGUUUGUUAAGGAAAACUCUAUUAAUAAGAAUAUCGAAAUAUUGGAAAGUAUUAGUGAUUUAAAGGCAAUGCUACCUGAUGUAAAUGAUGAGACUGGCAAUAAUCAUAAAAUUGAUCAAAUCAAUAAACAUGAUGAUAAUCUUAAUGAUAAUGAAGAGAAUGAUGAUGAAAAUGAAGAAAAUUUUAAGCCACUUAAGGCUAACAAACCCCAAAAUGAGGAGCAGAAGGAGAAUAAUAAAAAUUUAGAAGCUUUUAAGGAGCAAAACGAUGCCGUACCACUUAAUGUACCUAUCAUUAAUGUAAUUAAAUGCCCACCACAAGAAAUUAAUUCUAAUUCUAAUGAAAAUGUUAAAGUUGAUGAUGAUGAUAAAGAUGAAGAGAAAGAAUGUAAAAUAUACAAAGCUCCUACACAGGCUUCUAUUUUAAAGACUCCCACUAAACAGCAGGAGCAACAGCAAACCCAACAAAAGCCUUUAAGCCAGCAAAGGAAAUCUCCCGUUUCCCAGCCACGCACGGUUUAUUUCGCUACUGAUGAUAAUGAGUUGGAGGAGGACUAUGAUGAUGAUGAAGAGGAGGAGGAGGAGGAAGAGGAUGAUGAUGUGGAUGAGGAAGUUUUCAAAAAGCCUUUUCUUUACAACAACUAUUCACAACGACAAAGGCAAUAUUCGAAAUAUCAACAGCAGCAACAGCAGGAUAUACACAAGCGUUAUAUUUCCAAUAAUUUGAAACAACAGCAGCAGAAGCAGCAACAGCAGCAGCAACAACACCAGCAGCAGCAACCCAUAGAAAAUUGGCGUCAACGCAACCAACAACAACAAAUGGAACAGCAGCAGCAGCAGCAUGUCAACUCUAAUAAUUUGAAAAAUUUCAAAAACCUAGACAAUCAAUCAUAUCGUAAAUAUCGUCCCAACAAUGGAGCCAACUACUAUGGCAAUCAGCAUCGCAACUAUUUGGGCAGUUUCUCGCACAGUGGCACUCAUCCACAAGAGCUGGAGGAGCAAGAACAACAGCCCAACCAACAACCCCAAACACGUUCCAAACCCUAUAUGUUGCCCAACUAUUAUCAUCAACAAAACACUCACACUAAUAAUAAUAAUAGUAAUAAUAAUCGCCAUAACAGUGCCGGCAGCAGCGGUGGCUCUCCACCCUCAGACACUGAACAACACUCUUUCAAGAACUCUUCACCCAACGGCAACAAUGAGAUACGCAAUUGGCGCCAGGAUUGCAUCUAUUCUUCGGUGCGCAAUUGCAAUAUGCAGCGCAAUUCGCCCACCCAGCAAAUGUAUCAGCAGCGCAAAUGCUAUUCCCAACAGCCCCAAAUGCAGCCAACCUAUCGUGUCAAUCCCCAACGCAUUGGCUCGGGUCGCUUCCCCUAUAAUAAUCUUAAUAAUAUGGAUUAUAAUUCAACACCCCUAAGCAUUGGUCUCUCACCGCCCAGUGAAAGUUUGUUGCUACAAAGACGCUUGCAGCGCAUUAACAAUAACCCGGUUAAUGGUCUCUCCAAUUCACCACCCUCUCCUCCACCACACACUCACCACUAUCAUCAGCAAUUGCAACGCAAUGGCAACGAUUUAUUAAUCAAUAAUUCCAAUGAAUAUUGCCAACAACAGGCAACCGCCAGUGGCUAAGACAACACAACAUCAGGAUUAUUAAUAAAACAACCAACACUUUUCCCUAAGACCCCCUUUCCCCUCCUAAGAUCUUAAGAAAUUAUAGAUUUUUCUCUUUAAAAAAAUCUAAAAAACUAUUUUCCCCCUAAUUUCUACCCAUAAUUUUUUAUAUCUACCCCCCUCAAUGAAAUGUUUUUCUUUCUUCUUUAAAAUUUUUUUAUUUGAAAAUUUUAAUUUAUCUCUCUCUCUUUAAUUAAUUAAUUAUCCACAACAUCAACCAACCAACAACAACUAUAUAUUUAAAAAAAGGAGUUUUUAUAAAAAGCUUUAUGUGAAAAGCUUUUGUUAAAUAUCUAUAAGAAAAAAAAAGUUUAAAAAAGCUCUUGUUUUAAAAAGCUUUAAAUUGAAAUAAUGUUUCUAUUGUUUAGAAAGAAAACAAAAACAAAUUCUAUAUACUACAUAUAUAUAUAUUUACAAUACAUAUAUUUUGUCGAAUAAAAAUGUUACGAAAAAAAAAAUAAUGAUAACCAAAAAAAUGCAAAAAAAACCAACAAGAAAACCGAACAAAACAA